UUGUCCCAACUAGCUAUCUUAAGAUGAAUGCACUAACUGUAAGUCGCUUCGGAUAAGAGUGUAUGCUAAAUGACAAACAUUUCAAAUGUAAAAAUAUGCCAGCUGAGUUUAAAUGCUGCAGUUGUGGUUGCGAACAUGCACCCGUUUCGGAAGUGUGCAGUUAGGGUGAAGGAGACAGAGGUGGCAAGAAUAAUCCAGAGGUGUUGAGAACAGUGGAAGAAAGGUGUGAAGUUGAAGAAGUAAUGGUUGUAGGAGUAGAGGCAGAAAAUGAUAUUCAUUGUCAACAGAGGGAUCCUGACAUGUUGCAUGUUAAGAAGGUGGGCUUUGUAGCAUUUAUUUACUUUGGUUAUCAAUUGCACAGUGCAAAUGGAGAGGAAAUAUGAGAAAAUAGGCAUCAUUGUGUGUGGGUUUAGCGUUUUAAGGGUGGCUCAAGGAUUUUUCUGCAGAGGCAUUACAAGGAAUCCUGUCAAUGAAUGCUCUGUCCUUACAGGUACCUGAGCCUGUGUAGGGUUGUGACUGCGAUGGUUGUUAGAUUUUUUGUGGUUGUAUGUUUUUGUUUUUUGUUUCAAUACCCCGUACAGUAGAUGGCGGCAAUACACCAAGAUGUGUAGUCUGCCAUAAAACUUAAAAGAAGAAGACAAAAUAACCAGUGACUCUUUCCGGGGCGAAGUUUAAGCCACAGGUUACAAAACUGUUGCGAAGUUCAUUGUAUUUAUCCAGCCUUUUAUAUCAAAACAGUGCAGACAACGAACUAUUAGAUUGCACGAGUCAUGUUGUUCGUAAUUAUUACAUGGAAUUAUAUCUAUUGUUACGUUUCUCAUGGGUUUCAGAUAUUAGAUAUAUCGUAGGAUGGGGUAUCGGAACUGUAACUGGUUAACUAGUUAGCUUGCUGUUUCGGUUUCUAGCAUAGCAUCAUCAAGCUGUUUUUUUCUGGACACGGAACAAUGUUUUUUGGUGCAAUUGUACAGUUGUUUACCGAACUAGGAGGACCUAUACUAAACGCUGAAGAAAGUGCAGCCAUGGCUGGAAGAGUAAACACCAGCCCUCCGGUGAAAUGCUUGUUCACGAGCAAUGAGUCAAUAGUCACGAUCAGUCUUCUACGGUGAGCUAGUGUACAUUUACAUUUAGGUCGUGUCAUAUUCCUCAUGUGACAUGUCCUCGCCGUCACCGGUACAAAUUCGAGAGGCGAACGCACACCUGGCCGCGGUGCACAGGCGGGUAGCAGAACUGGAGCAGCGGCUCGAGGCAGCAGAGAACACCGUGAGGGAGCAAGCAGAGAGUCUCAUCAGGAAGGACGAGCAACUGAGGGCUGCUACCCAGGAGAUCACCGAGGCCAAGAAUAAAGAGAUUUACUACCUCCACGAGAAGCUGUGCAAGUCAGAGGACACCAUCCAGAGGUUUCAGAACAUGGUCAAGGAGAAGGAUGCUAUGAUAGGCCAGUUGCAACAUCGCUGCCAGCUCCUGGACAACAUCUGUAAGAGCAGGCCUUUACUAGACAGUAUGCUGUUCCAUAUGGCUGAGGCAGAAAGACUUGGGCCAGUGGUGGGGAUGGGUGAACCCACUGUCAAAACAUCCCUCACAGACGGGGAGUCAAACUGCAGUCCCAACCGCAUCUCUAACCACAAAGACUUCUCUCUCAGUGAGGAUGACCAGGAGCUGGAUGAGAUAGUGUUUGGAACAACUGUAUAGUACAAGGCCCCUGAGAAGAGUUAGGUUAGUGAAGAGGUUCUAGAAGAGGGUGGUACUUGAAGUAGAGGCAUGAGUCAUUUCAAAACAUCUGCAUGUUGUUAUUGAAUUUUUUAUUAAAAUCUCAAAUAGAACAUUUGUGCUCUAAGUAGUUCUUUAUACUCUGCAGAUAACUUACAAGUUAACAUGAUGUCACAUGGGGGAACUGCUUGACAUGUUAUGAAGCCUUUGGUUUAACCAAAUAAAGGGAAACUAAUCUGCCUUGAUUCCACAUCUUAACCAGACAAUAACCAGGUGUCCAUUUGACAUCAGUUUCUGUUGUUUUAACUGGUGUAUUUUUGUACUGUAAUAUUUGGAAAUGGUGUAAAAAUGACCUCUGUUUAUGUUCAGCUCAAAGUGUUCAAACGUCAAAAAGUGUUGAGAAGGUCAGAGUUCAGAAAGUACAUCUGUCGCACAUGCAAGGCUAGGUUCUACUGCAUCCCAUGCAUUUGACUAUAUAGUAUACACGCUUCAGUCAUUCUGCACUUGACAAAGUUUUUUUUUAAAGUGACAAUUAAACUUAAAGUGCUUGAGGUUAUUUUCGGGGAGUGUACUUACUCUACAUGUAUCCCAUGUAAGCAUGACAUUUAAUGGUUAAUCUAAGACAUACAUUUGCCUCUUGUUGGCGUCAAUAUUUGCUUUAGAGAAGCAAAGUCUAUGCAACAUUGAAGUUUGCGUCACUCUUUACAGUACACUCACUCUUGGAUUACAUACGAUGCUACAUAGAUGUGACAUUCCAGUAGGGUCAAAAGCAGGGGAAAUCAUGCCUUGUGCUCAUAAUAAUACUGUACUGUUUUGCUUAGUCAUUCUAUAAGCAAUAUUAUAUAUUGUUUUGGCUUAAAUCAUCAGGUGGCUAAAAGUAUUGUGUUAUGUCUGCUGUGUCUUUCAGUACAACUGCAUGAUUGUGCAGCUUAAACUGUUCCUCUUGAAAUGUCAAUGUGUGUUGCUCUGUUCAUUUAAGAAAAUAUUUUUUGAGAAGUGGUA